GCCCCCCGAGCCCGUGGGCAACGUCAGUGCUUUUGUCACCGCCACGUCGCAGACGUGGUGACCUCAAAAACUAUGGAUAUACUCUUCAGAAUAAGAGGAGGCCUUGAUCUGGCUUUUCAGCUAGCUACUGCUAAUGAACUUUUUAUCAAGAAGGCACUAAAACAUAUGUUGUGUGAUCUGUCUACCGAGCUUUCUUCAAAUGCGCUUGUGUUCAGAAUUUGCCACAGUUCAGUGUAUAUAUGGCCCAACAGUGAUAUAAACACCAUACCCAGAGAGCUGACUGAUAGCUCUGCCUGUAAGACCAUAUUGCACUUUAUUCAAUUUGAGCAGGAAGAAGAUAUAAAAUGAAAAUUCAUGAGAAAGAAAGACAAAAAGUUAUCAGACAUGCAUCAGAUAGUAAAUAUAGAUCUUAUGCUGGAAAUGUCAACCUCUCUGGCAGCUGUAACCCCCAUCAUCGAAAGGGAAAAUGGAGGACACCACUAUGUUAAUAUGACCUUACCAGUUGAUGUAGUUAUAUCUGUGGCUCCAGAAGAAAUAUGGGGAAAAGUUCGUAAACUUCUAGUUGAUGCAAUUCAUAAUCAACUAACUGAUAUGGAAAAAUGCAUUUUGAAAUUUAUGAAAGGAACAUCUAUCGUGGUCCCUGAACCACUGCACUUUUUAUUACCAGGAAAAAAAAAUCUUGUAACAAUUUCAUAUCCGUCAGGAAUUCCAGGUCAGCUUCAGGCCUAUAGAAAGGAGUUACAUGAUCUCUUCAAUCUCCGUCAUGACAGACCUUAUUUCAAAAGGUCUAAUGCUUAUCACUUUCCAGAUGAGCCAUACAAAGAUGGUUACAUAAGAAAUCCACAUAUUUAUCUUAAUCCACCAAACAUGGAGACUGGUAUGGUAUAUGUGGUCCAGGGCACAUAUAGCUUCCAUCACUACAUGCAGGAUCGGGUAGAUGACAAUGGCUGGGGCUGUGCUUACCGGUCUCUCCAGACUAUCUGUUCCUGGUUCACACACCAGGGAUACACAGAGCGCUCCAUUCCAACACACAGAGAUAUUCAGCAGGCACUAGUUGAUGCCGGUGACAAACCAGCAGCAUUUGUGGGAUCACGGCAAUGGAUCGGAUCCAUUGAGGUUCAGCUGGUACUAAACCAAUUGAUUGGUAUAACUUCAAAAAUACUGUUUGUCAGCCAAGGUUCAGAAAUGGCCUCUCAAGGACGGGAACUGGCUAAUCAUUUCCAAAGCGAAGGAACGCCAGUUAUGAUCGGGGGAGGAGUUUUGGCCCACACAAUACUAGGUGUUGCAUGGAAUGAGAUAACAGGGCAGAUAAAAUUUCUAAUUCUAGAUCCACAUUAUACAGGAGCCGAAGAUCUACAGGUUAUUUUAGAAAAGGGCUGGUGUGGAUGGAAGGGCCCAGACUUUUGGAACAAAGAUGCUUACUAUAAUUUAUGCCUUCCUCAGCGACCAAAUAUUAUUUAAAGUGUCCUGGAGUCAAAGGCUGCAGUAAAGUGGUAUUAUAAAUUUAAUAAAGAAUAAGCUUAAUUUUAUAUUAAA